CGGGGCGGCGAUGGCGCUGGCGGCGGUGCGGGGCUGGGCGCUGGCGGCGCUGGCCCUGCUGGCCCCGGGCCCGGCGGAGCGCAGCCGGCCUUACGCCGUGCUGCAGAAGCAGAACCUGGUGCUGCUGGGCAGCAUCCUCAGCGCCUUGCUGCUCACCAUCAUCCUCAUGGCUGUCUGCGUCUACAAGCCGGUCCGGCGGCGGUAGCGGAGCGGGACCCGGCGGGUCCGUCGUGGGGAAGAGCUGCCGGUCCCGCCUGGUUCUCCCGCCUGGCACCCCGCCGUCCCGCCGCCUCUGCUGCCAGCGACGGGGGACGCCCUGACGUCGUGUGCGCGGCUCUUCGCCCGCACAGCAUCGCGUGGCUCCAUCGUGACGUCGCUUGCAACAACGGUAUGGCCGGGUGCUGGAAAUCACACCCCAGCCCUCAGCACGCUGACUCCUGGACCGCCCGGGAGCGCUUCGGCAGCAAACCCGCUUGGGUUUGAGCAGGGUGCGUAGCAACGCGCCUUCCCCCCAAAACGCAGCGUUUCAGCGGGGCUGAUCUGACACGAUGCGCUCGAGAGCAUCCCCGGUGUGUGUGUGCACCCCGAGUCCCGGGAGGCUGCAGGGGGGCACGACCGGCCGUGACGCCCGUUCCGAUCAGUGCCCGGGGAACCAAACCUCUGGGUCAGCACAGGAACCCGGCCAGACUGCUAACAUCGCUGUCUGACGAGCAGGCCCAUGCGCUCGAUUAUACCAGAUCUAGUUUUGCUUUCUGAUUCAUUCGGUUCCUUGCUUGAAUGCUGAGUCUUGAGGGUUUGUAGCGCAGCCUUCAAAAAUAGUCCGAAGGCAAAAGCUCAGCAACCUGCCGCGGCUGUGGGGGUCUGGUAGGUGCUUGCCCCUGAGCAGAAAUACUGAAGCAUGAGCAGAUCCUGGUGUGGCUGUUCAGGGACAAGCUUGUCAUUCCCGACGUUACUUGCUUUAACUCUUAGCUAAAUACCCACAAGCAGCCUUGCACCAAAACAGCCAUGCUGAACCUGUUACGAACUGGGGCGCAGGCGAGGGUUUCCAGCUUGUGCUGAACACUCACCUCCUUGCGGGUGGAUUUGUGCUCCCGAGCAGGUCACUGUCCUGCUGGGAACAGGAGCUUCCAGAAGUCUGCAAGCCAGGCAGAUGCUCGAGACUGCUGGGCUCGGGCUCUCUGGAAGUACUUAGUGUUUAAGCUCCAGACAAACCUGUUCUAUGCAUUUUCAGUAAUAAAUUCAAGUGUUUACACUGAAGUCACACUUGCAUAUGAAUGCUGCUAUUUUGUUUUGCACUGCUAUGAGUAGUAACUGGAUUUGGCUUAAGUAUUACUUUGGUAUUUAACAUAGGGGUGUUUUGGCUAGUAAUUUAUUUAGUGUUUUAAAACUUAACUUCCAGAACAAUUGUGUUGACCUGUUCUCUAAAACCUUGUGCUGCAUCUGAUGUGUUUUCUGUUCAGUUUGUUUGAAAGGACACUGACCGCUCCCGUUGCAAUGGGGGAUUUUCUUCGCUGCAGCUCUGUUAGUAAAGUGACAGUAGGAGGCUGGCCUAGAACAGAUCUAGUUAUUAAUCUAAGUGAAACAUGAGCGAGGAAGCAAGGUAACACUGUUCUAUUGCUUUCUGAUCCUUGUCUUUUUUUGAUCACCGAGUCCUGUGUCACUGAUUUUUCUCGGUCCUUCAUCUGACGUAAAACUUGGCCUGUAGCUGUGUGCUGUCGUGGGGGGGUGGAUGAUGUCGCUUGCAGCUACAGCUCCGAGUUCCCUGGAGCAGCAUUCUUGUUUGCAUUCAUUCUUCACUCCCUGCUAUGUCUCUUUGUACAAAUAAAAAGCUAAG